AUGAGAGCACUCUACUCUGCCGCUGGCAAGCUCCGGCGAGCUCCAGUAGCGAGCUUCGUUCGGCUUGCUCGCCACCGAGGACGUCGCAUUGCGUGGGAAGCGCAGUCGCGAUGGCUCGCUGAUGUUGUACAAAGGGAUGAAGCCAAGGAUGCCAAGUCUCUAGCUUUGUCUUCCUCUUCGCGAUACAAUGAAGUUGGUGUGCAGCAACUCAGCGACCACAUCUUCCCUCAGAUAUUUCCUGGGGGUUCCAGACCACCGCCUGAGGAGCUAGUAAGGCUGUCAAGAGAUCAUUUGAAACGACACGACCUUUAUGGAAAGAACACGGAUACCUCUGAACCUGUCGCUUUCGACUUGCCUGAACUCAAGGGCAAGACCCUCGACGAACAUUUUCACAAGCUUGGAAUCGAUUGCGCCGAACCAUACUUGCGGUUUGCCAAAGAAUUCGCGUGUGCGAAUGUUCCUCUCAAGCCGAAACAAUGGGUGCACCAAAGCGGGUGGACCAAAUAUCACUCUGAUGGGACACCACCGGAGUCGGUAGAAUCCCCCGAUGAAGAGAUGCUGUGCUUUGACACAGAAGUCAUGUAUAAAAAUCACCACUUUGCAGUAAUGGCUUGCGCAGUCAGCCCCACGGCCUGGUACUCUUGGCUAUCUCCUUGGCUACUCGGCGAGACAGACAACGAGCGACAGCUAAUACCGAUAGGCGACCCAGCUAAGGACCGUAUCAUCGUGGGACACAAUGUUGGUUAUGACAGAGCAAGAAUAUUGGAAGAGUACAAUCUCAAGCAAACUAGAACUGGAUUCCUAGAUACCAUGUCACUGCACGUUGCUGUUAACGGUAUGUGCUCACGACAACGCCCGACCUGGCAGAGGUUCAAGAAAAAUCGAGAGAUGCGAGAAAGAGUGGCUAGCCAAGAUCCCGAUCACGGCAUGGUCGAGCUUUUGAGCAAUCCUAGCAUACACGAAGAAGAGGAGCUGUGGGUCGAAAGAAGCUCAGUCAACUCACUGCGGGAUGUCGCCAAAUUCCAUCUCAACGUCACCAUCGACAAAAGCAAACGGGAUGACUUUGCUGAGACUGACCGCGAGGUCAUACUGAAACAGUUGGACCAACUUUUGGAAUACUGCGCUGCAGAUGUGUCUACCACUCACAGAGUAUAUCAAAUCGUUCUUCCCAGCUUCUUGAACGUUUGCCCACAUCCGGUUAGUUUCGCUGCCCUGAGGCACUUGUCAUCCGUUAUUCUGCCGGUUAACGAGACUUGGGAGCAAUACAUCGCUAAUGCCGAUGCGCUAUACAAUAACCUCCUUGAAUCGGUCCAGAAGAGAUUGGAGGAUUUGGCAAAGAAAGCCAAGGAACUGAAGGACAGCCCCGAGAUUUGGGGAAACGAUCCCUGGAUGAUGCAACUGGACUGGUCGGUACAGGAGGCUAGAAUGGUCAAAGGCAAACGCAAGGGUGAUCCACCAGUACGCGAUGCAAGACAAAAGAUGGCGGGGGAGCCGAAAUGGUAUAGGGAUCUCUAUCCCAGUAAAAACGCCCCUAUAAACCUGACGGUGCGAAGUCGCAUCGCCCCUUUGCUAUUGAAGCUGGCUUGGGAUGGGCAUCCGUUAUUCUGGUCUAACAAAUAUGGCUGGGUGUUUCGAGUCAGCCCAACCGAUGUACCCGGUUACAUCGCAAAGAAGAUGCCAGAGUGUGUCUUUGAUGACUCUGACCCUGCCUUGCGCGCCGAUUGGGGGCACUCAUACUUUAAGCUCCCUCAUAAAGAUGGUCCCACCGCUCGCUGCUCGAAUCCUAUGGCAAAAGGAUAUCUCAACUAUUUUGAAAACGGAACCUUAUCAUCAGAGUACGAGUAUGCUAAAGAGGCACUGGAAAUGAACGCCUCUUGUUCCUACUGGAUAAGCGCGCGCGAUAGGAUAAGGUCCCAAAUGGUUGUCUACGAAAACGACAUACUCGCCACUGAAGAGGGUAAAGCCAUGGAGGCUGGAGAAAAGCGCCAGGGCUUUAUUUUACCCCAAGUUAUUCCCAUGGGUACAAUCACUCGGCGAGCAGUUGAGAAAACCUGGCUCACGGCAAGCAAUGCCAAGAAGAACCGUGUUGGGUCUGAGUUAAAGUCGAUGGUUAAAGCUCCCGAUGGCUACUGCUUUGUGGGUGCCGAUGUAGACUCGGAGGAACUGUGGAUUGCUAGCUUGAUGGGCGAUGCGACAUUCAAAAUCCACGGCGGAAAUGCAAUCGGUUUCAUGACGCUUGAGGGGACAAAAGCUGCAGGCACUGACCUGCAUUCGCGGACAGCGGCGAUCUUGGGUAUCACUAGAAAUGACGCGAAGGUCUUCAACUACGGGCGUAUUUACGGAGCUGGGCUGAACUUUGCUGCUACUCUCCUACGACAAUUUAAUCCUGCGCUCAGUGAAAGCGAGACAAUGACGAUUGCUCAGAGACUGUAUGCCAACACGAAAGGCACCAAGACGAUCCGCAGGGUCAUAAACCAGCACAAAUUCUGGAGAGGUGGAACGGAGUCGUUUGUAUUCAAUAAACUGGAAGAGUUUGCGGAACAGGAUUGGGCCCGAACACCGGUGUUGGGAGCCGGUAUCACACAAGCACUUAUGAGCCGCUUUGUGAGCAAGGGUGGCUACCUGCCUUCCCGCAUCAACUGGGCCAUUCAAUCCUCGGGCGUUGAUUAUCUCCACCUGUUAAUUGUGUCCAUGGAUUACUUGAUUCGCCGGUUCAACCUCGAUGCCCGAUUGGCCAUCACAGUCCAUGAUGAAAUUCGGUAUCUGGUAAAGAACGAGGAUAAAUACCGGGCUGCACUUGCACUCCAGGUAGCGAAUAUCUGGACGCGCGCCAUGUUCGCGCAACAAGUGGGAAUAAACGACCUUCCCCAGUCCUGCGCUUUCUUCUCUGCAGUUGACAUUGAUCACGUUUUGCGCAAAGAAGUCAACAUGGACUGCGUCACUCCAAGCCACAAAACUCCGAUUCCUCAUGGUGAAAGCUUGGAUAUCCAGACUCUCCUGGACAAGGGCGCUGAGGCGAUGCUCGACCCGUCCGUCGUUCCGGAUCCCAAGUUUGCUCCAAAGUUGGAUGGUAUAGCGUAUACGCCGCGUACUCCGAUAAUGCAAACGCUUCAAGAAUCGGGGCAGAAUAACAUUUCGUUUAUCAAAGCUCAGAUUGUAAACGAUGAUCAGGAGUUGCAGGAUAUUGUCAAUAAUUUGCGCAAGGCUACAACGCCGAAGUCUACGACGCCGAAGUCUACAACAUCAAGAUCUACAACACCAAAGUAUAAAGCGCAAAUGCCUCGAGCACCGCGGCCUGAGGAUGUGCCUCGUCAUAACGCAACCGAUGCAGAAAUUGCAGAAAUGUGGUGCACAUGGGUGAAUGAGCCCGUCACGGGCUCGUACAGAAGAAGCUACAAUCAUCAGAACGGGGGUCACGGUAUUAAGAGUGGCAUGCCUUUGCAUUAA